UCCACCGCGGAGAAACACGGAUCUUCCUUGCGGCCUCCAAGUUUGAAGAUUGCGAUUUCGGGAUUCAGGGCGUCCACGCGGUUCCAACAAGCGCCGCAACGCGAAAGCGUGUUAUUGAUGCGGGCCUUGCUUGAUUGCGUCCUUGUUUGAUCUCCCCCUUCCAAUCCCAGACGCCCGACAAAGUUCGAUUUCGACUACGAGCCUCGGGAGCUCCCUUCCGUAGUAGUCUCAAGAGUGAUUCACCACUUUUGCAGGCAUACGCACAUCCGGUACACUCCGUACAAGUGGCAAUGGAUCUCAUGAUGUAUUUCUAUAUGGGGCUCAUCAGUGUUGCGUCUACUAUGGCAGCAGAAUCAGGCCCCCUCGGCUCGCUUGAGCGCCGCCACGUCGACGUUCAUUUGAUGCAGCAGCAUCUCAGGAAGGAGGACCCUGAUGUCGUGCAGAGUGAACCUGCACCAAUGCCCCCCGUCGUCGUCCACGAAACGGACGACGGUGUGGGCCAGGUGAAAGUUGUGGUAGAAUUCGACGAGAACAGCACAGAACAAUCACGCCAGGCGCAAAACCCACACACCGUGUAUGGUACCUCGGGCCACUGUUCGCUUUGUGGCAGAUCAGGGUACAACUGCCUCGGCCAAAACGGCGCAGGUUACGAUGUGGCAUGGGCUAAUGUGAACUUCGGUGGCGUUAACCUGGGCACGGUCACCAGUUGGACUGUAACGGCAUACGGGGCUAAGUGCAGUGCUGGGACUCUCUCAAUGGUUUUGGCAGGCACGACCGCCUCAGGAUAUUGUGGAUCGCCGACGAAUUGUGCUUGCGGCGUUUGCAUCGCGUGCACCGCCUCGAGCGCAACUUACCCGAGUGGCAUCCCGAACUGGAAUUGGGGUAGCAACUCCAUUAGUCCUGGUUAUUCUGUGAGCACUUAUUGUACUUCCAGGUUGGAGAUCAACAUUGAGUACACGGCGGCGACGCCUAACCCGACACCCAACCCGACGCCCAACCCGACGCCCAACCCGACGCCCAACCCGACGCCCAACCCGACGCCCAACCCGACGCCCAACCCGACGCCCAACCCGACGCCCAACCCGACGCCAGACCCGACGCCCAACCCGACGCCCUACCCGACGCCUUACCCGACGGCUUUCCCGACGCCCUACCCGACUCCCUACCCGACGGCCUUCCCGACGGCCUUCCCGACUACUUACCCGACGGCUUUCCCGACGGCCUUCCCGACGGCGUUCCCGACUGCUUACCCGACGGCCUUCCCGACGGCCUUCCCGACGCCCAGCCCGACGCCGAGCCCGACAUACCCUCCAGGUUGGCCGACGCCGCAUCCUACAUUUCCUGCCGGUUUCGCUCCCCCGGCGAUGGGCGCGGCUGGAGCCGGCGGAGCUGUGGCUGCUACUGGCGAUCCGCACUUGCAGAACAUCUUUGGUGAGCGGUUCGACUUGAUGCAGCCUGGCAAGCACGUCUUGAUACAGAUUCCACAGGGAGAGCCUGCCGAGAAGACGCUGCUUAACGUAGAGGCCUUGGCACAACAACUGGGGGGGCACUGCUCAGACAUGUACUUCCAAGAAGUGAAUAUUACAGGGGCUUGGGCGGAGGCGAGGCAGACCGGCGGGCUUCGUUUCCAAGUUCAGAGUGAAGGGAUGGGCUGGACAAAAUUCGGGGUGCUAGAAAUGAAGAUUGCCCGUGGGCACACACAGCAGGGCACUCAGUACCUCAAUUUCUACAUCAAGCACCUCCAUCGUGCUGGGUUCGCCAUCGGAGGGCUGCUGGGAGAAGAUGACCACACGCAGGCGUCGAUGCAUACGGCAGCUUGCGUUCGGCACUUCCCCGUUUGAUGCAAGCCUCGAGUGAUUUCCCAUGCUCAGGAUGAGCACGAUCAGCAGGGAUCGGGCGGUUUGCUUUCGCUGUCCAUGUUCGGCCCGCAGAGAUCAUGCCUUUUGCUGCAAGUUUUUGUUGAUGAUUUCUGUGAUGUGGAAAAGGUACAAGCCCCCAGAGCUGUCCACCUCAGCCUCAGCGUCGGUUCUCCCACGCCAAGUCCUGUGGCGGUCCAGGGGCCGCAGAUGGCUUUACUGACAUCGGAGAUGGCGACAAACCAGCAGCACUGAAAUGCCUUGCGCUUAGCGUAUCCCCACCAGCCCAUCCAAAAAGAAUCACCAGGCGAACCGGCCUGAUCAGGGAUUUGUAGCAGC